ACAGUUUUGAAAACAUGUAAAACCGAUUAUAACCUCCGUGCUUUAUAUCUCUUGUUUACAUUGCCCUAAAUACCCAAUCUUGAUGCCUGAAAAACUAGUUUAAGCCCCAAAAUAGUAUUAAGUAUCAAUAAAUAAUGCCGAAAAGUCACAUUUAUAAAUUUUAAUAGUAUUAAGCAUCAAUUUAUAAUGUCCAAAAGUUACAUUUAUAAUUUUUUCUAUGUUAUUCUUAUCUUACUAUCCUGUUUACCCACGAUUUUUAGUUGGACUUUUUCGGGGCUCUUUUCAAGCUUUGCGAAGGCCGGUUAUAAUCCCUAUUGUGUAACGAAUGAGUGCUGUAGCGAGGCCUGGAUCAAUUUUGACAGAGAGGGUCUAAAACGAGCCCUCAAAGAAAAUGUUUAUGGGCAACCGUUGCUCGAGACUGCCGUGUACGCCUUGUCGAGUCACUUUCGACAAACCCACCACAACAAGGCCUUAACAUUAAGUUUCCAUGGGAUGACCGGAACGGGGAAGAAUUAUGUGGCCAGUUUCAUAGCGGAGAGUAUGUUCGAAAGAGGCCUUAAGAGUGCAUAUGUGCAUCAAUUUAUUGGAAGGAUACAUUUCGCUGAGCAGGCCAAAGUUCAUACUUAUCAACAUGAACUGUAUGAAAAGCUUAAAAACGCCGUGGCUAAGUGCCCCAAACAGCUGUUUAUAUUCGAUGAAGUGGACAAAAUGGUGCCAGAAGUCCUUAAUAUUCUUAAGCCAAUGCUGGAUUAUAAACUGAACAUAGAUGGGGUAGACUAUUCUCAAUCCGUGUUUAUCUUUCUCUCGAACACCGGAGCUGAUGUUGUAAAUGAACACUUCCAUGACCUGUAUAUUAAAGAAGGAAAAGAACGGAACGACAUGACCAUGGCGGAUUUCGAAACUUUUAUACAAAGGGGCGCAUUUAACGAACAAGGUUGGUUGACAAAAGGGCCGGCAACUUAUUUUAGACAUUUGACGAGACAGAUGUUGUUCUCUAGAAGUUACUUAGGAAGUGCUUUUAAUUUUAUUUAUAAGUUGGGGGGUUUCCACCAUAGUGACGCUAUUAAAAACAACCUUAUAGACCAUUACAUUCCAUUUUUGCCAUUAGAACAGAAACAUGUGGAGAUGUGCAUUAGGAAAGAAUUUCAAAUAAGGAAUGUGAAUCAGCCUAAACAGGAACUGAUCAAUGAAGUGAUGGAAAUUGUUCAGUGGGGUCCUGAGGACACCAAACUGUUCUCUAAAACAGGGUGCAAAAGGCUGGGGGCCAAGGUGGGACUCUUAGUAGACAAACAUUACUGGCAUGAAACUCAUAGGAAUGAAUUGUGAUUCUUUUUACUGUAUGUAUAAUUUUUUUUCUUGUAAGUAUUUUUUAAUUCUUUAUAUAUAUAUUGUGUUUUUCAAAAUUGAUUUGGGAUUAACUUAUUAUAAAUAAAAAACUAUUUUAUAUUUUA